AUGGCCUUCACGGCGUGUCUGUUCCUCCUCAUCGGCGCAACUUCGUACGCCGUCGUGGGCUGCCAGAUCCCUGGUAACCGGCUGUUCGCCAUCGGUAGCACGGCGCUCGACCUGAACGUCAACCGCGGUGCUGUUGUGAUGGCCUACCUGUUCAUGCAGCUGCACAUCACCAUCGCCAUGUCCGUGGUUCUAAACCCCGUGCUGUACAUUCUUGAGCGUGGAGUGCUGAGCAUGCACAAGCGUCCGCUCCUCGCUGGUGUCGACGAGGAGUCCCCCGCCUUCGAAAGCAUCAGCACGCUUCAUAAAGACCGUGUUUCAGUAGUCGCGGGCCCUUCUGUCACUGGCCCCAUCGUGACUGACAAGUACAUGACGCUGCGCAUCUGCGUAGUGGUGAUCCUGCUCGUCCUGGCCAUCAUUUUCAAGGACCACUUCGAUGAUUUCACCGAUUUCGUCGGUGCCUGGGCCGUGUCGAUGGGCUCUCGUUAA